AUGACGCCGUCAUGCAUACCCAUUGACGCAUGCUUUUGGCACGGCUAUUUCAUUGAAUAAUCAUGGGCCCCGAAAUAUAAAUUCUAAAUUAACAAGUCGACGAUCUGUGUAAAAAUUUGAAAUACCUCAGAGAUCUUGCCUGUUUAAUAAAGAAGCAACAACAGACGUGAGCAGAUUGCGAUGACAUGUCGUGCUUCGGCGGCAGAGACGACCUCAUAUACCUGGUCGAGCUUAACGUCGAUCGGCUCCGGCUCACGGCCAGCAAAUAUCAGGAGGACUUUAGCGAUACUCCGCCGCUGGUCAAGCUCAAGUUCAUCGACUUCCCCGUCUUCGUGAUAAAGCGAAGCGACCUAGCCUGCACCCCGCGCCCAUACGACGAGAACAAGGGCCUUGUCUACGCUGCCGGGAAGUCUUGCUUAUUCGUGAAGAAGCCACGGGAUCUCGUGACCGCGAUGCAGCUCCAGCCACUCAAGCUCGGCAUCUUUCGCUGCGACGAGACCUUUCCGAUCGCGGAAGCGUCGAUACCGCUCUCAGGAUGCCUCUGCGACCAAAUCGCCAUGGCAAGGAACGACUCGACACACAUGCCCAAGCCGUACGAGCUCACCGGCAACUACAACAUCGCCGAUCCCGGCAACAAUUACGCAGGUUCCAUAAACAUUUUAUUACGUCUAACGUUGUUUGGCUCCUACAUCGUUUCUCAUUAUCAAAUAUUUGACGACAGCUACGAAUUCAAAAACAAUUUUAACGAAGAUUUUCGAAUAAAAAAGCCUCCGGAACAAGUUCUCCGUGAGCAUUUUGAAAGCCCGGCAAGCCCACCACGACCGGCCAUGAACAAGACCAUCGAACAAAAUCAUCACUGCCUCGGAACCCAGCGAGGCCACCUAAGCAAGCUCUGGGCCCAGAUUCCCCCCACAUCAUCGUCAUCCUACUCCACGUCGUCGUCCUACGUUUUCAAACCAGGACAAAGAAGACCGGAGAUAUCGUGCAGUUUACACUCGGUGCGCUGCUCAAGCGCGCGUCAGCACUUCAAGGAUACCCGAGUCAACGAGCAUUUAAUUGCUGGCCCGGGGAAGAACGACCGCCGUAGCGCUGAGGCCCCGGCCAGGCUUCGGGGAGGCGGUAGCAACGACCUCGACUACCUCCUCAAAACUGACGCGGACUUUAUGUGGCGCAACAAUAAAUUCAUUACGCCGACGCGGCUCGAGGGUGGCGGUUGCUGCGGAAGGACGGCCAGUCCCCCUACCACCAACGAUAAGAAAGCCACGUGGGAACAUCAGAAUGAGAAUAACAAUUCAAAGUGUGUAGUAGGAAAUAAAUGUCGAAAUGUUGAAAAAAUACCUAAGCCAGUGCACUGUGCUGAACAACAACACGAGGAAAAAAAAGAAUUUGGAAUAUGUAUGAAAAAACCAUGUAUGGGUACAGAUUGCCUUAUACGAGCGUUCAAAGACACACAAGACUUUGUUAAUUCCAUAGGGAAAGUGCCUGGACUUGCUGGACUUGGUAUAGUGGAAAGCCCUUAUUUUGGUAAAACUCAAGAAUUAAAAGAAAAUAAAAAAGAAGAAUUAAGACCAUUAUCUAAUCAUAAACAAUUGGAAACGAGCAAUUACAUAAUUAACCCACAAAAUGCCGAGAACGUGAAAAAAUCAGCUCUACCUUCCCUAUCGUAUAAUUCUAAUCCACCUAAAAAAUUAGUUGUUGUUCAAGAAGCAAUUACCACUUUUGUGGAUCCUACUCAAGCAUCGAAAUGGAAAAAAAAAGAUGAGAAAAUUGAAAAACAAAAGGAAUCGGAAAACAAUAGCCAAGCUAUGCAAAUUAACGAAGAUUCACCUUGCGGAGAGCCAAAAUGUAAGUCAAGGCCAAAGAAAAAUAUCGAUGUCGAAAAUAUAGAUGAAAAAAUAAAUAAUUCGGGUGAUAAAUUGUCUCCAAAAAAUGAUCAAACAAAAUCUAAAACCAAGUCUUCUGUUGGUACUGGUGGUGAUUUAACAAAAAAUUCAAAAUCAAAUCCUGGAAAGGGAAAUCAAUUUGUCUAUUCUUUUGGAAAUUCUUAUCCCACUUCGGUUUAUGGUCACAAAAAUUGUUACCAUCAUCGACGUAGAGUUCCAGCUAAUCAGGGUUGGAUGUGGAAUGAAGCUGACACUAUCGCCAAUCGUAAGCUUCGAACGGGAUGGAAACCAGGAGCUAUUAGCGUUCUUAUGCGUGAUAUGAUGAACGCAGCGAAAGCAGGUUUCUUAAAUGAAAGCAGCAGACCAAAGUCAGCGCCUUCUAGAUCAAAGAAAAAUCAAAAGAUGAUACCAUUCAAUACAAUGAAGAAACCGCCAACUUGUAAUGAAGAACAAACUGAAGAAGAAGCUAGUUUCCCACCCACUCUUCAUAUACACAGAAGAGACGGAGAAUAUUACAUCACCAUGUAUCCGAUAAGACAAGAAACAUCAGAUGUACCACGAAUAGAUGAACCACUCAAUCCUCUUCAAUUCAAAAUAGUUAAGAGCAAAGAUUCUCUUGCCACCAGUUCAACGGCUUCCGACAUGGAAAUAGAAUUUUCACCUCCAGCUGCCGUUAAUCGUAUUAAAAAGAAACCAAAUGUCGUUCAUAUUGAAACAAAUGUAAAUCAACAAGAAAUUCUCGAUGAGCUAAAAAAAUUAUCAGGUUGUGAUAAAGACGGUAAAAAUAAAAAAGAUAAAUCAAAAAAGAAAUGGAAGGACCCAUGUCUCUAA